AUGAGUAACAUAUCUGGACCCGAUACGAAACAAAUUCAAUAUGAUCGCCAACUUCGUCUUUGGGGUGAUCAUGGGCAAAAAGCUUUAGAAGCCGGGCGUGUAUGUUUAAUCGGUGCGAAUGCAUUAAGCACUGAAAUUCUUAAAGCUCUUGUUUUACCAGGCCUCGGUUCAUUUACAAUAAUUGAUCAUCAACUGGUAACAUUAGAAGAUUGUGGUUCAAAUUUUUUCGUCCAUCCAUCGAUGAUUGAUCAACCACGUGCUCGUGUUACUUGUGAACUAUUAAAACAGCUUAAUCCUGAUGUACAUGGUACAUAUGUUGAUAAACCAUCUAUUGAUGAUUUACUCAAACAAAAUACAUUUGAUUUUGCUCAAUUUAAUGUUGUAAUAACUGCUAAUCUUCCAUUAAAUACACUAGUUACACUUUCUACUCAUUUAUGGUCACUUAAAAUACCUUUACUUGUUGCUCGAGCUUAUGGCUUUAUUGGUACGAUUCGUCUUCAAGUGGUUGAACAUUAUAUAAUCGAAGCUCAUCCCGAUGAUACAAUACCUGAUCUUCGUCUUGAUCGUCCAUUAAAAUCAUUUGUUAAUCAUUGUAAUUCAGUCGAUUUUAAUAGUUUAACGCGUGAACAACAUUUACAUAUGCCAUCACUUAUUAUUCUAUAUAAAACAUUACAACAGUGGCAAAAACAAACUAAUCGAAUCGAUAUUCCACAUACACGUAAAGAAAGAGAUGAAUUUAAACAAAUUCUUGAACAAUUAUCUCAUCAUUCAGUUUAUGAUGUUAGUGAUUCGAAUAAAUCUUUAGAAAAUUUUGAUGAAGCUAAACGAGUAAUACCAUCUCGUCUUGUCAAUACAACUAUUCCAUCGGCAAUAAAUAAUCUAUUUCAAGAUCGUUCUUGCUUAGAAUUGUCAAAUCAAUCACAUAUGUUUUGGUUUAUUAUAAAUGCAAUGAAAUUAUUUACCCAGAAUGAAGGUCAAGGUUUAUUACCUGUGCGUGGUGAAGUACCUGAUAUGAUAACAAAUACAAGUUCAUAUGUUAAAUUAGUUGAGAUUUAUCAAGAACAAGCAAAAAAGGAUUGUGAAACAAUUCAUAAUUAUUUAAUUGAUUUAUUAAAACAACAUAAUCGAUUUUCAACAAUGUCAUCGAAUGAAGCAGCUACGUUACAUGAACUUGUUCAUACCUACUGUAAAAAUGCAACAUUUUUAAAUGUUAUGAGAACAGCAUCGAUUAAAAAUGAAGAUGAUUCAUUAAAAAAACUAAUCGAACAAAUCCCAUUAGAAUCAUCGUCGGAUGAAUCAGAAUCAGAAGUUUCCUGGUACAUUGGUUUACGUCUAUGUGAUGCAUUCUAUGAAAAAUUUAAUCGUUAUCCAGGUGAAUUUCCUCUAUCGACCAAUGAUGAAACAAAUUCAGAUCAAAGACAACUUGAAAUAGAUUUCAAUGAUUUAAAACAAAUCGGAAGACAAUUAUUAAAUUCGGAUAGGCAACAAAGUUCUAUACGAGAAAAUAUACUUCAAGAAUUAUGUCGAUAUGGUGCAUCAGAGCUUCAUUCUAUUUCAGCAUUUAUUGGUGGAUGUUGUGCACAAGAAGCCAUUAAAUUAAUUACACAUCAAUAUACACCAGUCGAUAAUGUAUUAGUGUACAAUGGUAUUCGUCAAUCUGCAAAUGUAUUUAAAUUAUAA